AUGCCUGGUCACCGGUGGGAUCCAGACAAGAAGCGAUUCUUCAAGAUCGCGUCAGGCCCUCAAAGCAAGGCCGCCUCGGCUUCACAUAGUAGCGGUGCGGGUCCAACGCUAUCGACUACAAAUAGUACACAGAAAAGCAAGCAAAGACAGGCAGUGUCGGCAGAGGAGCACUUUGCUUUUACUCCGCGUCUGCCCGCAAUCGAUGUUCGCACCCCAGCUCAAAAGCUUUACAACAUUCAGAGCGCUUUCCAAGAGGCAAUCUUGGACCCUGUGACGCUCAGGCAGCACGCCAGAAUGUCGGUCACGGAUAGACAGGUAAGCGAGCAGGUGCGGACAGAGGCCACCUACUCACACCUCGCUCUCUGCACUGCCCAAAGCCCUUUUUAUCCUCACCAGAGACCAUCAAAUGUGUUGGAUCUGCAGACGGAUACAGACGGCCGCUCCUUAAUCGUUGCCGACAGCAAUGUCGUGGUGCGGAUCAUUCCGAACAAAGAUGUCUCUGAUCUGUUGUAUGGAACUCGCCGACAGCAAGAAUCGCCGUUCAUCUGGACAAGCUCUCAGCGAAUUUGGUACGGCGCGUUCGAGGCAGAUGGAACACAGACUGGGAUCAUCUCCAUACACAGCCCUAAAAGUGAUCUUGCCGAGGCCAAUCAUCGCAGCCAGAUCUCUGGACAGCGAUCAUCUUCGGCUAUAGCCGACGCUGUCACAUUUCUCGAUCACGAACAGCCUGAGCGCCGUCAUGGCCAAGAUUGCUGGGCUUUUGCCGAGAUCUUUCGAGCACCACGCGAUGUUGAGAUGACGAGCAGCGAAGAUAGUGCUUGGUCAACCAACCAGCCAGGCUUCGUCUCGUAUGCUCUUGCGACGGGCAAUGUGGUUUCCAUCCGCGGAUAUAAGCCAGAUAUUCUGAGUCGCAGAAUCGACCUGGUGUACGAUAUCGCGCUCCCCGCCCAAAGUGAUGUCAUGGCCCUGACGUUUGAUCUCGAUGGCCAUGUCCUGUAUUGCGGUACACGGUCUGGUAAGAUCCUGGCCUGGCCUUAUUUCGCUCAGAUGGCUGGAUCAAUUCCCAUCGUUCCACCGAUCGCGAUACCAUUCGAAGCCGAAGGAUCCGUGACAAACAUAGCCAUCGUAUCUGCCACCGAGCUGCUCGUUGUACGCAUCAAUGGGAGCAUCCAGCUUGUCGAUAUUGCCACUGGUGAGGUCAAGCAGCGAUAUCUGGGGCAUGUCAACUCAUAUCGUUACAAGCUGGCCUUCGCGGUCGACAAAGAGUCUCGGCUCCUGGCCUUGGCUGGAAUCGAUAGUCGGGUCCGUGUGUGGUCGCUCGACUCCCCGCUACCACUUGGUACUUCGACAACAACCUUAACGCCUGCCUUGCACCCUUGUCAAAGUCACAGCGAGGGACAGGGGCCGGAAAACUGGAAGCUUUACGACGAAUCCGAGGAUCAAGCUUUCCUCGACGCGCAUCGUGGCUCGGAAGGUAAUCCCGGUAUCAGAAAGGGCUCGACCUUGAGCACCAUUGCCUUUCCUCGCCACCCGAACGUCCUUCACUGGCACCCACGAUAUCCCUACGAGGGUCUGGAUCCACACGAGGUCCAAGCGGUUCGUGAAGCGCAAGGUAGUGACUAUCGUCCACCGCAGUCGCAGUGGAAAGACCUCUUCGUUGGAGCCGACGAAUGGCUCUAUCAAUUCAGAUUCUUUUGA